GGUAUAAAAGCUUUUGCUUUUCGGUAUGAAGAUCAGAUUCCUCAAACUCUUCCUUUGCUUCGAGUAGCAUUCUCAACGUUAAACUUCGCAACAUGUUCAAGCUGUGCAUCCUCGCUGUUGUCUUGGGCGCCGUUUGCGCUGCGCCUGCACCCAAGCCGGGAGCCAUAUUAGCGGCACCCGCCGCAGCGUAUGCUGCGGUACCGGCGCCGAUCGUAACGGCCAGUAGCAGUCAAGUGAUAGCGAGAAAUUACAACACGCUCGCUGCGGCUCCGUUGGCGGCUGCUCCUCUCGCUGCGGCUCCGUUCGCAGCAGCCCCCAUCGCUUACUCAGCUCCUCUGCUGGGUUACGGCACUCACGCCGUAGCACCUGCCGCAUAUUCCGCCUAUACCGCACCGUUGGCUUAUAGCGCGUACAAUCUUCCGUCUUACAGCGCGUACUCCGCACCCGCUAUCUCCGCUCUACCGUACGCUUACAAGAGCUAUGCGACCUAUGUGGUUUAAAUCGGCGAGAAAAGAAGGACCAGGCCAAUCGGGGAUCAAGGACUGAUUUCUAUACGGAUAAUGUAUACUCCUCAAAUUGAUAAGACAAUCGACUGCACGCCCUUAGCGAAAUCUCUCCCGACCAUCGAUCACAGGAAAACAUUCCCGUCUCCCACAGUGUGUGUGCUGUUUAAUUCUCUUCCAACCCUGUCUUUUCAUGUACUCAAACAAUCUCAUCACAUCCAUACAACUCGAAAUCAAUAAAAUCGCUUAAAAGCAA